AUGAACGUUUGCAAUCCUAUUCGUGCAUUUUGUUCAAGUUAUAUUGAUUGGAUGCAGACGUGGAAGGGGCAGGCCGUUUCGAACGCAUGUAAGGAGUAUUUUCAGGAAUGCGCAACAUUAAAAACCAAUCUGAAACAUAAGCGUAAACAUAAAGAAAUUGCUGAGGACUUCGUUUCAGAAAAUGCAAAAUAUAUGGUAUUUCAAAGUAUCUUUCAGGGACCUCAAAGAGGAAUACGAGCUCAGACGCCUCCACCCCCGCCACCACGAUCCCAGACACCAAUAACACCAAAUAAAAGGAUGAUAGAACAUGAAAAAGUAAAACAGUACGUUGAGUCAAUCCAGAUUAUAUGCGCAUUUGGCACAAAUGCAUUAGAACUGGAAAAUUUGGGUUUAGAGAAAUACUUCGAUAAUGCAUUAGAUUUAGCGAUCCAAGAAGAAAUAGAAGGAGAGGAAGAAAACGUGAAUAAGUUUAGAUUAUAUUGUGAAAAGGUGUUAAUGGAAUUCUUCAAUUUAGUUGAUGUUUUCCCAACGCUUUCGAGAACGAUCAAAGAGCGAAAAUUCACUAUAUAUCAUAUUUCCCCAUUGUUCAUGUUUUACGAAUCCACUUUCGGAACCUUAGAAUUCGAUUGGAUUGAAACACAUGUGCGAUCAGCAAAGAUAGUAAAAACACCAACUGAUUCCGGAAUCGUACUGGUGGAUGUAAAGGGGGUUCGUGUCAGCGAUGGCAAAGAAAUCUGGCAUAUGGAAGUCUCGGGACCACCAAGUAAUCCUACAACUCGUCAUACUGUUUACGAUACCAAAAAGACGCUACACACUGACAUAUUGAAUUUGGUAGACAUCUUGAGAAACUACCUUGACCUAGAUGUAAAUAUAGCAAAAAAAAUUAAAGUUUUUAGCAUGCAGGUUAUUGAUGGCCAAUUUGUUGCGUAUGAGUUAGCAUCAGCGGAAUUGCCAUUUGAUUUUGAUUCACGGUCAAAGUAUAUGGCAGUUAUGCGGAUGAUGGCCAUUUUUCAUGACGAAGUAGUCCAGCAAAAAGCUAUUAUGGACAAAAUUGAUCGUAUUCUCAUACCUUGUAAAGGCAAGAGUGUUCGUAACGUUUUGAGGAUUCCAGAAAAUUUGCGAGAUAUAUGA